AUGUAUGGAAGCUGCCUUUUGGAAAAAGAAGCAAGCAUGUACCCAGGCACUCUCAGGAGCCCUGGAGGAAGCAGCACAGCCGGAGUGGGCACCUCUGGGGGCAGUGGUAGUCCGCUGCCUGCCUCCAACUUCACUGCAGCCCCAGCUUACCCACACUAUAUGGGGUAUCCUCAUAUGCCCAAUAUGAAUCCUCACGGGCCUUCGCUGGGAGCCUGGAGCUCACCCUACAGUCCGCCCCGGGAAGACUGGAGUACAUACCCUGGGCCGUCCAAUACAAUGGGCACAGUGCCCAUGAACGACUUGACCUCGAGCUCCCCGGCUUUCGGCUCCCCAGACUACGGCAGUCUGGGCCCCAGCGGCGGUACAAGCAACGGCAGUAGCCUGUCAGCCCCCGCCAGCGAGUCACUAGUUUCCAUCGACUCAGGCACAGCCAGCGCCAGUUCUCCCAGCAGGAGCCGCCACAGCCCCUACGCGUGGAUGCGCAAAACUGUGCAGGUGACCGGAAAAACCAGGACAAAGGAAAAGUAUCGUGUGGUCUACACUGAUCAUCAAAGGCUGGAGCUCGAAAAGGAAUUUCACUGCAAUAGAUACAUCACCAUCCGGAGGAAGUCAGAGCUGGCAGUUAACCUGGGCCUUUCUGAGAGACAGGUGAAAAUCUGGUUUCAGAAUCGCAGAGCCAAGGAGAGAAAGAUGAUCAAAAAGAAAAUCUCCCAGUUUGAGAACAGUGGAGGUUCCGUGCAAAGUGACUCUGGCUCCAUCAGCCCCGGGGAACUGCCAAAUGCUUUUUUCACCGCUCCGUCUGCUGUGCGUGGAUUUCAGCCAAUUGAGAUACAGCAAGUCAUAGUCUCCGAAUGA